AUGAAGGUGCGUCGUGAAGUAGUAAGAUUCACGCAGCGACGGUCGUUGAAAGCUGUGAACGACGGUCUUCACCUCGCCGGGCGUGACGCGUUUCCGCGUGUCGCAGACGUUGCGCGGGAGUGCAUCGUCGCACAGUUCAUCGUCACACAGUUCAUCGUCGCACAGUCCAUCGUCGCACAUUAUAUCAAACGCACAGCCUGCAUCGUCGCAAGCAUAUCGCAGAGUUGCAUCAUCGCAGUCUCCUCUGCACUCCCGCCCUGCUCUGCCUGCUCUGUCUUCCCCUCCCCUCUCCCCCUGCCAUCAACUCCCCUUCCCCUUCCCCGUCCCCUUCCCCGUCCCCUUCCCCUUCCCCGUCCCCUUUCCCGUCCCCUUCCCCUUCCCCGUCCCCUUCCCCGUCCCCUUCCCCUUCCCCUUCCCCUUCCCCUUCCCCUUCCCCUUCCCCUCCAUCCCUCCUGCCGCCCUUCCCAACCGCAGACCCAUCUCGUGCUUCCCCUGCUCCCUCUGCUGCUGCUCACCUGCUACUGCCCGCACUGCGCGCUCGUGGCGGCGCGGCGAAUACAGGCGGCAGACUGUGAGUGCGCCUGGGCGGACGGUGGUGGGGCGGUAUGGGGCGGAACGGGGCGGUAUGGGGCGGAACGGGGCGGUAUGGGGCGGAACGGGGCGGUAUGGGGCGGAACGGGGCGGUAUGGGGCGGAACGGGGGGGUAUGGGGCGGAACGGGGCGGUAUGGGGCGGAACGGGGCGGUAUGGGGCGGAACGGGGCGUCAAGGUGUUAUCGGCGCUGCUGGCAGCGUGGGGCCCGUUUGAGGACGGCAAGUCGUGGUCGCCCAACAGCGACUGCUCCACCGUGCAGGGCGUCACAUGCGACCAAGAUGGCUACGUCGUCUCCCUGGCCACGUCAGGCAACGCGUUUUGGAAGCCCAUUCCCGACGCCGUGAGCGGGCUGCAGCACCUCACUUAUCUGGCCAUCACGUCGAGUCAUCUGGUGGGGUCGCUGCCAACAGCCAUCUUCAACCUGCCACUGCUGCACGGCAUCAAGCUGACAGUGAACCAUCUCAACGGCUCCAUACCGGAUGACAUCAGCAAGCUCACAGCCCUCACCUACCUGUACCUGGCACAGAACCGCCUGAGUGGCUCGCUGCCCGAGUCCCUGUCGCACCUCACGCAGCUCGUCUCACUGAAUCUUGGGGUGAACGGGUUCACGGGGAGCAUCCCAUCGGCCUUGAGCACCAUGUCAAACCUCGACCUCCUCAACCUGCACAAUAACUACUUCGAAGGCGCCGUUCCUGAUUGGCUCUCCACAAUCCCAAGCCUCAUGAACAUCGACAUGCAGCAAAACGCAUUGAACGGCACCAUUCCUGCGUCUCUCGGUCGUAUGACACAACUCACCAAGCUCAGCCUAGGGGUGAACUUCAUUGAAGGGUCAAUUCCGGAAGAGCUAGGCAACCUGCUCAACUUGCAGACGCUCAUUCUUGAGACCAACUACCUGAGCGGCACCAUCCCCGCCUCUCUGGGGGCUCUCACGAAUCUCCUUGACUUGGAGCUGGCAUGGACAGACAUCACUGGAACCCUGCCCUCCUCUAUUGGGACCCUGACUCGCCUUAACAUCUUGUACCUGGAGGGCAUGGAGCUCACAGGCACGGUCCCCCGAUCCUUCUCCAACCUUCAGAGCCUGGGCUUCUUCUACCUGAACAGGAACCACCUCUCUGGCGAUGUGUACGGCAUCACAAGCAACAUGACCAGGCUGGUCACUCUCGACGUGUCAAGCAACCAGUUCACGGGGCGGCUGCCAUCGCCCCCAUCGCCCUACCUGCAGUUCUACUACGCGCACCGCAACUUCUUCUCCUAUGGCGCCGUCAUCCCGCCCAAGGCCAACCGCACCUUCUUUGGCAACGCCUUUGACAACUGCCUGCUCAACGCCUCCCGGAUUCCUGGAGAUUACCCCGAGCAGAGGAGUGCAGAGGAGUGUGGUGCGUUCUGUGGGCUUGCUGCUGGGGACACCAAGCCCCUGUGCAGCGGGCAUGGCGUGUGCUCCUUCAAUGCGUCUGUGCAGGAAUCGGCGUGCACCUGUGACAGCAACUUUGACAACCAGGCUGGACCCCACUCCUGCUCCUACAGCGUCCUGCCUUCAACCGAGUCGUCACAGACAACACCAGUGGCCGUGGCAGGAGCAGCAGCGCAGCUGUUCAACGGCACCAUCACCCUCACACCGCCCACCACCAACACCUCAGGAGCAGCGGCAGUGCAGACGCCCAUCCGCCUCUUCCAUUUCAUCGACAGCCCUGGCCCCUGCGGCACGCCCUUUGCCUUCAACGCCUCCUUCAGCUUCACCAUGAGGCCUGCAACAGCCCAGGACGUUGGGGGAGAGGGCCUGGCGUUUGUUGUGAGUGCGACGGCACCGCAGGGGGCUGGUGCAGCGGGGGUGGGGCUGGGAGGGGUGGGGAGGCGGAGUGUGGCGGUGGAGUUUGACUCGGUGCUGAGUGUGAAGCACAGCGACCCCAACGACAACCACGUGGGCGUCAAUGUGGGCGGCUCACCUGUGUCCCUCGCCUCUGCCACGGCCCCUCUCAUCCUCAACGACGCCCACACCAAGCACGCCUGGAUCCACUACGACCCCACCAGUGGCGGCACCCUCCGAGUCUUCCUCUCCUCCGACCCCCACCAGCCGCUCACCCCCACCCUCCGCGCUCGAGUGUCGCUCUGCUCCAUCCUGCAGCCCACUGCUGCAGAGACCAACUUCUUCUUUGGCUUUGCCGCCUCGACAACGGAUAAGGCCCAAGAGAAUGUCAUCUUGAAGUGGGAGGUCGUGACAGGUUUGCCUCCUCGACUUCCUCUUAACCCGCAAGACCUGGCGUUGGGGUUUGUGUUGGACGAGGACUCUUUCUCAUCGCAGGGCUUCAACUCCUUCCACUACGCCAGUGCGGGCUUCGAGCCCGCGCAGGACAACAGCCCCUCGUGGAGCAUCAAGUCCUACACCAUCUGGCGCUUAUCUGAGUCCAUCUGGCCUGUCAAGAACCAAAGGGGCUGCGCUGACUCAUGGGCAUACGCAGUGGUGGCAGCAGUGGAGGCGGCCUACAGCAUUGCCAGCAACUGGACUCAGCCGCCCAUCCUCUCAGUGGACCAGCUGCGCCUCGCCCUCUCCUCCAACUGCGACGGUGGCUCGCCCACCAAGGCGCUGCAGUUCCUCCUCAGUGCCAGUGCACAGGGCAAGGGGCUGCUGGAAGAGACAACCUAUGCUGCUUCCACCACCAAGGCCAUACGCUCUCUAGGACGCAAGGCAGCUGGCAAGCCCGCCGUCAAGUACUAUGGCAUCCGGGGCAUGGAGCGCACGGGGUUCUACGGGUGGUUUGGGCUCAUGCUGGCAGUGCAGCGCCAGCCUGUCAUCGUGCACAUCGAGGCGUCCGCACCCUCCUUCCAAGACUACGAUGGGAGCGACGUGUACGCGGACGAGGGCUGUUUCACGGAGCAUGUGAACCACGUGGUGCUGGUGGUGGGUUAUCUAGUGGCUGGCAUCGACUCUGCUAAGCCCGACCUGCCGCCGCCCUUCUGGAUCAUCCGCAACUCAUGGGGCUCAGCCUGGGGCGACCAGGGCCACAUGCGCAUGGACAUUCGCAACGGCGACGGCAUCUGCGGCAUCAACACUCUCCCGGGCCUCGUCCCAAUCGUCAGAAAUGCUGCCGACCCCUGUGGGCAGCAAUCAUACAAGCACAGCGACCUAAACCCCGUCUUCAACCCGUGUGGGCAGUUCAGCUGCAGCAAGAAGGGCACCAGCAAUCGCUGCAACUGCUCUGAUGCCCGCUUCGCUGAAGUCAAGAACACCGAUGGCUCCUACACCUGUGCCUAUGUGGACGUGUGUGGGUCCAGCAGUCGCAACCCGUGUGUGGUGGGCACGUGUGUGAACGAUGGCAAGGGCAGCUACUCCUGUGUGUGUCCCAGGGGCUUCAUCCAAGGCACGAUGGUUGGUGGAGGCUUCUCGUGCACUCCUGGUCAGGCGCAGGGCACGUACACAGUGCUGGCAGGCAACGUCAUGUGCUCGCACAUCACAGCUGUCUUCGGCAUGCCCACUGCAGACCUCUUGAAGCAGGGAGUGUCAUGCGCCAAGCCUCUGCCGAUAGGAAAGACGCUGUCGGUGGUGUUCAACAUCAAAGACUGCAGUGUCUUCUACAGCACCAAUGCUGGCGACACGUGCACGGGGGUGGCGCGGCAGGUGGAGCUGUGUGGGGCGGCGGCCUCGGAUGCGGAGUGUGAGGCGGCAUUUCAGGCGCUCAACCCCGCUGUCAACUGCUCCUCCCUCAGCCCCUCCCAGGCCGUGUGCCUCGAGAGGGACCCCGCCAAGGCCAACCGCAUUCCGGUGUGUGACGAGUACUACCGGCCGCGGGCAAGCGACACGUGUGAGAGCAUUAUGGACUCGGCAUCCCCUCCUCUGGGCGCCAAGGAGCUGUACCGGCUGAACCCUGGCAUCAACUGCAACCAGCUCAUCCCAGCCAAGGACUACAGCUUCCAGUGGCCCCUUGAGCGCGAGUUUUGCACCAAGAGCUCGACAUCAUUUGCGAUUGGGAGCUGUCCAACAGACAACCAGUACUACUUCAUGCCCACUGAUAACUGCAGUAGUGUCCACGUGCAGCAUUUCCAUGGCAUCAAGGGCUGCUACCGGAAAAUCAAUGGGUACGAAUGUGUCGACAAGAUGACACCAGGAACUAAGGUCUGCCUACCGAACUACAAUAGUGCUCGGAUUGGAGAGUGUGUAUAUUAG